GGGGGAGGAGAUUUCCCUGUAGACGAGUAAAAAGCGUGAUGGACAAACGUGCGGGCACUAAGACCGCAAGGCAUUCAUUUCCUCCUACGGUGGAUGCGGACGCUGGGAGGAGAGCCCCUGAGCUAGAGGCUGGGAGCCGAGACGCAGAGAACACGUAGCGACUCCGAAGAUCAGCCCCAAUGAACAUGUCAGUGUUGACUUUACAAGAAUAUGAAUUCGAAAAGCAGUUCAACGAGAACGAAGCCAUCCAAUGGAUGCAGGAAAACUGGAAGAAAUCUUUCCUGUUUUCUGCACUGUAUGCUGCCUUUAUAUUUGGUGGUCGGCAUCUGAUGAACAAGCGAGCCAAGUUUGAACUGCGGAAGCCGCUCGUGCUCUGGUCGCUGACGCUUGCCGUCUUCAGUAUAUUCGGUGCUCUUCGAACUGGUGCUUACAUGCUCUACAUUUUGAUGACCAAAGGCCUGAAGCAGUCAGUUUGUGACCAGAGUUUUUACAAUGGACCUGUCAGCAAAUUCUGGGCUUAUGCAUUUGUGCUCAGCAAAGCACCCGAACUAGGUGACACAAUAUUCAUCAUUCUGAGGAAGCAGAAGCUGAUCUUCCUGCACUGGUACCACCACAUCACUGUGCUUCUGUACUCUUGGUACUCCUACAAAGACAUGGUAGCUGGGGGUGGUUGGUUCAUGACUAUGAACUAUGGCGUACACGCCGUCAUGUACUCUUACUAUGCCUUGCGGGCUGCGGGUUUCCGAGUCUCCCGGAAGUUUGCCAUGUUCAUCACCUUGUCCCAGAUCACGCAGAUGCUGAUGGGCUGUGUCAUUAACUACCUGGUCUUCAACUGGAUGCAGCAUGACAACGACCAGUGCUACUCCCACUUUCAGAACAUCUUCUGGUCCUCGCUCAUGUACCUCAGCUACCUUGUGCUCUUCUGCCAUUUCUUCUUUGAGGCCUACAUCGGCAAAGUGAAGAAAGCGACGAAGGCUGAGUAGUGUCAGAACUGAGGAGGAAGACAUAGCUCAGGGUCAUCACGAAAAAUAAUAGACAAAAGAAAAUGGCACAAGGAAUCACAUAUGGUGCAGCUAAAACAAGACAAAACAUACGUAUGAGCAGACACUAAGCCCAAGGCAGCUUGGGAGUGAAGAUUAGGUUGUAAGUUUAUGAUCCUUUUAUGGGUGAGGACUCGCUGAGGGCAACUUCAUCUCAAAGCACUGCUGCUGAGGGACCCCUUCCCUCUUGACCUGUCAACUCUAGAACACACUAGAUACCAAGGCAGCCACGGGCAAAGGGAUUAGUGAACAGCAAGCAAAACACUGCAGGAAGAAGGGGGGGAAAUCUAUUCAGAUUCUUGUUUUGUUUUGUUUUUCUCUAAGGAUAAAGGAGUUUCCCCUUUUCAAACUAUAGGAGCACACACGCGCACACACAGACACAAUCUUUUCAACAUGAAACCAGAGCUGGUAGGAAAGAUAAACAUGGAAGAAACAGGGUUUAUAUCUAGGACAGCAAUGCUUUUGCAAAAAUCUAGGCCUUUUAAAGAAAGGUUAGCUUGUAACUCCUUGACAAAAGAUGUCUUAAUUAUUUUUACUGCAGCUGAAAGUAAAAAGGUAGAUACUUUGCCCUUCACUGCACAGCCUCGGGCUUGUGUGUUUGCUACAACCAAACAGAGGACAAUACUUCCCCGUGAUUCUUUAUUUCUGGGAGAAAGAAAACCAUGCAGCCCAAACCCCCAAGAAGGCGGCCUAUAGCAAACCCUGCAGUUGAAACAUCACACUGACAGCUGUUACUUCUGCUCUUCGGUGAGAUAUGAAGCAUCCAUUGUUCAAUUACCCCAAACUUUAAGAUGGAGGAAUAAAUGCAGAAUUGAAAAGAAGGAAGAUCAACGGGUUGGCUUGAAAAUGGAAUCUUGUGCUAUCUAUAACAAAACUCAGCCCAUCGCCCCUGGAGCUGGAAAAGGAAGGAAGGACUAUGUAUAGAAAGAGACCAGAGCUGAAGAUUCAUCUAAUACACAGUGUGUUCGCCGCCCUCCCUGUUCGACCUCACACAUAAUCCUGGCUUUCUAAAUAAGGCCCUGUGACACAGUCCGAGCUUUCUAUAUUUUUGUGACUUUCAAAAACAGAUCUGCAGGGCUCUGCCUGAUUUGGGGUAAACACUGUGUUUCUGCAGCCUCUGCAUUUGCACCCUUAAGCAGUGCCGAGGUGUGAGAAGUGCCCUCUGCUGGCUUAGUGAGAAGCUUCAACAAACACUUCAUGAUAGGUUGAAAUAGCUGACCACAAAGGGCCUGCGUAGAUUAAACCCUAAGUUCUAAGUGCUGUCAAACACCUGACAUAUAUUUGACCAAAUCAGAAGAGAGAGAACCUCUAUGCUUCAAGUAAGCUUCAAAAUUUUUUAAAGCGACUUUCACUUGGGAACUCAGAAAGUCAAUGUAUUAAGAGCCAUAUUCUUAACAAAAAAAAAAAAAAAAAAGAAAGAAAGAAAGAAAAGAAAAAAGCUAGACAAUGUUAUCUGUAAUAUUUCAGUCUUCUACAAGCCAAAUAAAUGUGUCGAUGUUCCUAAUAUUUCAAAGACGCAAUUACGUAAAGUUGUUCAAUGUGAUAUAAUAGUAUUCUAAUUGGUUAAGUAGUUUAAUAAUUAGGCAAACUAGCAGAAACAACUAGAUUAUAGACACAUAGCCACAUACACACAGAAGUGUGAGGUACAUUGAGCUGUAAAGCCCAAAUCAAUAGUAACACAAUUUUUGGCUAGCAGAAACUAUCACCUAUCUUCCUUUACUUGAGAGUGUACAGUAAAAGGGAUUUUUUUUUUCAAAUUAUUUUUAUAUUAUUUUAGCUUUAAUUGUGCUGUCAUUCAUGAAGCAGCUCCUUGGCCUUUCUGUGAGAGAUGGCAUGGGUGUUUUCGUGUAGCUUGUUUACGUGUGGAAUUGGAAACGAAUAAAAUCUGAUCCCAUUCUGUGGGAACAGGAUCAAGAGUGAACAAAGAAUCCAUGCAGAUCAAGUCAUGACUGAAAGA